AUGCAAGUCAACGAGCUUUUCCCCUUCUUCGACUGUGCCUACCGGGGCUUCGCGAUAGGCUAUCUUUCAAAAGAUAACUUUGCUAUUCGGCAUUUUGUCGAUCAAGGAUUCCAGCUCGUCAUCGCUCAAUCAUUCGCCAAGAACCUCGGUCUCUAUGGCCAGCGUGUUGGCGCCUUCAACUUUAUAGCUGCGCCUGGUGCAGAUGCACCCUCUACAAUAGCCAACGUUACAUCUCAACUCUCCAAGUUGCAGCUCUCAGAGAUAUACAGUCCACCUAUCUUUGGCGCUCAAAUUCCAGCUAUUGUAUUGAAUGACCAGCAGUUGUUUAAGGAAUGGGAAGCAGACUUAUUGACCAUGUCUGGCCGCAUCAAGAAAAUGAGAAGUUCUCUGAAGAAGGAGUUAGAUCAGAUGAAGACACUUGGCACAUGGAAUCAUAUUGUGGAUCAAAUUGGGAUGUUCAGUUUCACGGGAUUGACACCUGCGCAAGUCUUGCAACUGCGCAACAAGUGGCACAUUUAUAUGGCUGAAACUGGUCGAAUAAGCGCUGCUGGAUUGGAUGAUCACAAUGUCGCGUACUUUGCGGGGGCUAUUGAUGAUGUUGUUAGCACCGUUCAGUAA